AUGGCGGCGGAAGAAGCUGCCGGUGGUAGGAGGAGGAGGAACAAGUCCAGGCCGGAGGCACAACUCGAGUUCCUCGGCGUGCGGAGGCGACCUAGCGGCAAGUACGGGGCGCAGAUCACAGACUCGAACGCUCAGAGAUGGCUCGGUACUUUCGACGCCCCCGAGGAUGCCGCGAGGGCGUUCGACGCCGCGGCCGUCAGGCUGCGCGGCGCGGCGGCCGAAACCAACUUCGUCCAAGCACCCACGGCCUUCAAUGACGAUGAUGCAGGUGUCGCCGCGCACGGUCCCUCCUCACCGGUGAAGAAGAAAGCUAGAAGGCCGGACGACGGGGCCGACUUCCGCGGCGUGUAUCGAAGAAACAGCGGCAAGUACGGGGCGCAUAUCAGAGACUCCAAGUCCAAGGGGAAACCUUAUAAGUCGCUCGGCACCUUCGACACCGCCGAGGACGCCGCCAGGGCGUUCGACGCCGCGGCCGUCAGGCUACGAGGCCCGGCGGCCGCAACCAACUUCGAGCAAACACCCACGUCUGCCGCUGCUGACGAGGACGUCGCCCUUCACCGGCCUUCCUCACGGUCACGGGUAAAGAAGAAGACGGUAGCCAGGCAGCUGGAAGCCCGGGCUGUGUUCCGUGGCGUAUACCGGACAAGCAGCGGCAAGUACGGGGCGCAUAUCAGAGACUCCAAGACCAAAGGGAAACCUUACAAGUGGCUCGGCACCUUCGACACCGCCGAGGAGGCUGCCAGAGCGUUCGACUCCGCGGCCGUCAGGCUACGCGGCGGCCAAAACCAACUUCGAGCAAACACCCACAUUGGUUGUUGUUCAGCUCCCUUCCUCAAGGGCGGAGAAGAAGGCGGCGGCAAAUAA